AUGCAUGUACAUACUGCAUGCCUAUGUGCAGAAUACACCGGGUUAGUUGGUGCGGUCAAGUCAAACUGCCAGUCAUUCAAUAUUCCAAUACGUAUAUUAUAAUAUUCCAAUAAUUCGUAGUUUAUUCAUUAAUAUUGUAUUAAAUAUACCAUAGUAAACAAUGAGUGCAGUACGUGUGAUUAACGAUGAUGGCCAUUUCUACGGUGAAAUGGCGAGUGCGGGUACAAAAUUAGUUGUAGUCGAUUUCACAGCAACAUGGUGCGGUCCUUGUCAGAGAAUUGCACCAGUGUUUGAACAGCUAUCAGUUAAAUAUCCGAAUGCAGUGUUUCUUAAGGUUGAUGUAGACAAAUGCACUGAAACUGCUGCUGUGCAAGGUGUUAGCGCAAUGCCUACGUUCAUAUUUUAUCGUAACCAAAAGAAAUUGGGCUUGUGUCAAGGAGCUGAUCCAGUUGGAUUAGAAUCAAAGAUUCAACAGUAUUAUGGCACUGGAGACACGGAAGAUACUGAGAGUCCAGUGUCUGGACAUAUGGACUUAAUUACAUUCAUUACCAAAACACAAUGUGAAUGUUUAAACGAGUCUGAUGAACAUAAUUUCCUACAAUGUUUGAGCUCGGAUGAAGGAUAUCUUGAGAGCGAUUGUGACGAACAAUUGAUAUUAUCUAUUGCAUUUAUGCAAGCAGUCAAAAUUCACUCUUUGAAGAUUAAGGCUCCUAAAGAUAAGGGGCCAAAAAAUAUUAAAUUAUUUAUUAACCAGCCUAGAACAAUUGAUUUCGACGUGGCAGAGUCUAACACAAGUAUCCAAGACUUGACUUUUUCGCCGAACGUUCUCGAGGAAGGCACUCCAGUCGGUUUACGUUUUGUCAAGUUUCAAAACGUGCAGAAUCUCCAGAUCUUCAUAAAAGAUAAUCAAACUGGUAGUGAUACAACAAGGAUCGAUCAUUUGGCUGUUAUAGGAUCACCAAUUUCUACUACAAAUAUGGGAGACUUUAAGAGAGUGAUUGGUAAGAAAGGAGAGAGUCAUUAACAGCCAGUGCUUUCAACACGAUGAAUUCUAAAAGCAAAUGCUAUUUUAAAUAUACUUUCCACAGCCAUUAUAUUUUGCAAAAAUAAUACCGAAAUAAAAAUGUGUUCGUUAUGUUUCGUUCAAAGACUAUAUGAACAUUAUAUUGUGCAUUUAGGAUCUGCAAUAAUAAAGAACAUAUGAUAGAUACCAUACAUGUACAUCAUUUCUAAUUUUAUGGAAGUUUUGUUCAAAAACUAAGAAUAUCCAAAUAGAAUAAUUAAUUGAUCAGA